CACAGACAGAGCUGACCUGAGCGUCUCACCCCAUCUCAGCUUCUGCCUCAGCCUUCCAGAGCAUGUUAGCCAUGCACACCCCUAAAUCAUCUGGGUGGAGUCCAAGAUGUAUGUAGGGGGAACUCCUUCAAUUACGUUUCCUCGUGCACCUGCCUGCAGUCAAAGGGUGUUUCCUGCUGUACCUGGGUGUCACCUUCUAUACCCCUUUCCUUCUUGGCCAUUCCCAGAAGUACAGUCUUGGCACACAGUAUAAAAGCUCCUCCACGCAGAGCAACUUGCUCAGCUUCUACUAAGUAGGAGAUCAAGGCACUUGGCAGAGAUGAUGGUCCUUGUCCUUCUCCCAGCUUUCCUGGCCUCCCUGACUGUGAUCCAGGUCACAGCAUCUGCCACAAGAGAGCAAACCACCAGCACCGCUGCCAUCUCUGAUAUUGUGAGUCAGGCCAAGGUCCAAGUAAACAAGGCCUUCUUGGAUUCCCGGACCAGGCUGAAGACUGCCAUGAGCACUGAGGCACCCACCACGAGACAGCUCUCAGAGUACCUCAAGCAUGCUAAAGGCCAGACGCGAACAGCCAUCCGCAACGGGCAGGUGUGGGAGGACUCUUUCAAGAAAUUGAAGCAGAAAGUGAGCUUGACCAACACCACAGACUCCAGCCUGGACUUGACUGCACUGUCUAGGGAGGUGGGCUGUGAUGUCCCUGCCCCAGUGGUGAGAUGUGACAACAGCACUUACCGCACCAUUACAGGAAAUUGUAACAACAGGAGGAACCCCGAGCUAGGCGCUGCCAACAGGGCGCUGGCGCGCUGGCUGCCCGCGGAGUACGAGGACGGAAUCUCUCUGCCCUUCGGGUGGACGCCGGGGAGGACGCGGAACGGCCACCCACUCCCGCUGGCCCGUGAAGUAUCCAACCAGAUUGCAAGCUACCUGGGGGAGGAGAAUGUUCUGGACCAGAGCUGGUCGCUGCUGCUCAUGCAGUGGGGUCAGAUUGUGGACCACGACCUGGACUUUGCUCCGGACACUGAGCUGGGGAGCAGCCAGUACUCCAAAGCACAGUGUGAUGAGUACUGUAUCCAAGGAGGCAACUGUUUCCCCAUCAUAUUUCCACCCAAUGACUCCAAGGUGAAGACUCAAGGGAAGUGUAUGCCUUUCUUCAGAGCUGGGUUUGUUUGCCCCAUUGCACCUUACCAGUCCCUGGCCCGGGAGCAGAUCAAUGCCCUGACCUCCUUCCUGGAUGCCAGCUUAGUGUAUGGGCCUGAGCCCAGCCUAGCCAUCCGCCUUCGCAACCUCAGCAGCCCCCUGGGCCUCCUGGCUGUCAACCAGGAGGUCUCAGACCACGGCCUGGCCUACCCACCCUUUGACAACAAGAAGCCAAGUCCCUGUGAGUUCAUCAACACCACUGCCCGAGUGCCUUGCUUCCUGGCAGGAGAUUCCCGAGCCUCAGAACAGAUCCUGCUGGCCACUUCCCACACUCUCUUGCUCCGAGAGCACAACAGGCUGGCCACAGAGCUGCAGAGACUCAACCCACAGUGGGAUGGAGAGACGCUCUACCAGGAAGCCCGCAAAAUUCUGGGGGCCUUCAUGCAGAUUAUCACUUUUCGGGACUACCUACCCAUUGUGCUGGGUGAUGAGAUGCAGAAGUGGAUCCCUCCCUACCAAGGCUACAACAAAUCUGUGGAUCCCCGAAUUGCCAAUGUCUUCACCUUUGCCUUCCGCUUUGGCCACCUGGAGGUCCCUUCCACUGUGUCCCGUCUAGAUGAGAAUUAUCAGCCAUGGGGGCCAGAAGCAGAGCUCCCGCUGCACACUCUUUUCUUCAACACCUGGAGGAUUGUUAAAGAUGGUGGAAUUGACCCCUUAGUGCGGGGUCUGCUAGCCAAGAAGUCCAAGAUGAUGAGACAGGAUAAGAUGAUGACAGGGGAGCUUCGCAACAAGCUGUUCCAGCCCACUCACAAGAUCCAUGGCUUUGACUUGGCUGCCAUCAACAUCCAGCGAGGUCGGGACCAUGGGAUGCCUGGAUAUAACUCCUGGAGAGGCUUCUGCGGCCUCUCGCAGCCACAGACACUGGAGGAGCUGAGUGUGGUGCUCAAGAACAAGAUAGUUGCAAAGAAACUGCUGGGUCUCUACAAGACUUCGAGCAACAUUGACAUCUGGAUAGGGGGUGCUGCUGAGCCCUUGGUAGGAAAGGGCCGAGUGGGACCUCUCUUGGCUUGCCUCCUGGGCAAGCAGUUCCAGAAGAUUCGUGAUGGAGACAGGUUCUGGUGGGAGAAUCCUGGGGUCUUCACAGAGAAGCAGCGAAACUCUCUACAGAAAAUGUCCUUCUCACGCCUUGUUUGUGAUAAUACGCACAUCUCCAAGGUCCCACUAAACCCAUUCCAAGCCAAUAGCUACCCCCAAGACUUUGUGGAUUGUUCGACAAUUGAUAAGCUGGACCUCUCAGCCUGGGCUUCAGUGGUGAAUUAGGGGCUAGGGAGCCCCAUCUCCCCCCAUUGUGAUGUAAAACUUCCUUUGGUCCGUGAUAACAUUUCAAGUAAGUUCAACGGCCUGGCCUCUUACAGCCCCACAUCCUAGUCCCAACCCUCCUUUUCUAUUCUCACCAGGCACACAUCUCCCUCUAGGUCCACCAUCUCAAUCAUUUCAGAGGGUGCACUGGACUGUCACUGUUCCCUCCCCAUGUCCUCGGCCUAUGGCAGUCCUCCCCUCUACCAUGACUUAGACCCUGUGAGAAGCCCUCUCAGUCGGGGUAGUCAGGUGCCACCCAGCCUCUUGAGACUGUGAUCUUUGUACCUUUACAUUUCCUCCAGUCCUGUUAAACUAGAUUGUAAGCUCUUUGGCCAGGGAUGCAGCAUAUAGUAAUCACUCAAUAAACAUAUGAUGAUUGAUUAAAGAUGCUGGCAAUGAUGCUGUUCCCUUCUGGAAGACAGGCCUUAGACUCACCACCAAGUAUUUAGGUGUUUGAAGUCCAGAUGAAUCUUUCCACUCAGAUACCCUGUAUAUGGGUCCGUGGGGAUUAGUGGACAUAGUUGGGUGGUAUUUCAAAGAACUUUCCAAGAAACAAGAAGAUAGGAUUUUCUGGGACAAGAAGCCGUGCUCAUGGAGUAGUAAGAGAAGAUUUGGGCCUGCCUUCCCAUCACAGCUCUGCUCUUUCUCUCCCAAAGGACAACAUUUUGGUCCCUCUGCUUUCUACCACCAAGCACAGAGUGAGCCUAUAGAAAUUAUUUUCUUGUGGUCUGGGAGGUGGCACAGUGGUAAAUUUUUGGACUCUCAAGCAUGAGGUCCCGAGUUCGAUCCCCGGCAGCACAUGUGCCAGAG